AUGGCGUCGAGCGCCGCGCAAGACGCGCUCGAGACCAGCUCGGCGGGCAACGACGACGUGCAGCCGCCAGCUACGAGCCCGUCCCAGCUCUCGGAGGUGCCGCCCACUACCGGCGACGGACGAGGCGAUGUGGAGCAGCCGCGCGAUGCGAGUGAGGGCUCGGGCAGCGCGGUGGACGGCGCAGCCGCCUUAGCAGCUCUCGCAGAGGGCGGGCAGCCCUCGUCCCAGGCCGCUGGCGCCGUCGCCGCACCCUCCUCUGCCGAUGACCCUCCCUCGGCAACGACGACGACCACCGCGUCCAGCACCACGUCCUCCCCGCCAGAGCCGCUCGCCGACGAGGCGCCUGUUCGUCAAGUGCGCCGCCUGCCGCCACCGCCCAAGAAGGGCAUCCUCCGCCCGCCCUCGUCCUCGCACGCCGCGUCGUCGCGCUUCUCGUUCCGCCGCGACUUCCUCCAGCCGUUCAACACGUCGUACUCGCGCGCGACGACGACGGCCGACGUCUCGUCCGGCGGCGGUGCCGCAGGUGCGGGCGUCGCAUCCGUCGGCGAGGUCAUGGGCAACGCGGCGGCGACGGCGGGCGGCUUCUUCGGGUCGGCGCUCAAGCGGUUGACGGCGGCCGCUGCGCCGACCGAGGAGCCUUCCGCAUCGACGGCGGCUCCGGCGACCGCGCCUGCCGCCGCUGCCACGCCCGCACCCGCACCCGCUCCAGCAGUGCCCGCCGCAGGCCCGUCGCCCUCGGCACCUCCCGCCGCCGCGGCUCCGCAGCUCGCGCUCCCCGUCGCCGACCUCAAGCGUGUCCGCUUCCGCAUGGCGUCGCUCAAGCUCGUGUACCCGAUCAACGGCGGCACGCUCGACGUGAUCGCUCCCGCCGACGAGGGCGCCACGCGCGAGCGCGUCGAGAGCGAGUGGAGGGUGCGGCACCUCGCGCCGGCCGGCGCCGCCGGGGCAGCGGCGAGCGAGGGCAAGGUCAAGGUGAGGGAGAAGGACGGCGGCGACAAGGAGGGGGCGGGCAAGAGGUGGACGGGCGACGAGCUCCUGCGGCUGUACGCCGAGUGCUGCAGGACGAGGGAGGAGCCGGGCAUCGAGCGCGUCAAGCGGGUUUUCCGGGAGAACCCGGCCGCACCGCCCAAGGUCCUCGACCUGUCGAACGAGCUCCUGUCGCGAGGCGCCGUCGAGGCGCUGUCCGACCUUCUCGCCAUCGACUUUGGCCUCAAAAAGCUCACGCUCGACCACUGCGGCCUUGACGACGAGAGCCUACGCCCGCUCCUGCACGCCCUACUCGUCUCGGCCUCGAUCCCGACCGUCAGCCUGGCGGGCAACAAGCGGAUACGCGCUCGCGGCUGGAAGUUCAUCGCGACCUUCCUUCGCAAGGCCACGUUUCUCCGCUACAUCGACCUGAGCGAGACGCCCCUCGACCGCCGAGCAGCCGAGUACCUCGUCCAGGCGCUCGCGCCCGCUCCUCCUCCCGCGCCUCCACCACCACCUCCUCCUUCCCCACCUCUCGUACCCGACAAGGUUGAGUCGGCGCUUUCGGGCGCGUCGACGGGUGCGCCUGCGCCUGCGCCGCAGAAGAAGGUCGCGGGCCCGUGGGACGAGGACGAUGACGAGUCGGACGCUGAGGAGGCUGGCGGCGCGACCGAGGCGGCCGGCGCGCUCGAGUCGAACGGCGAUGCGCACGAGGCGGGACCGGCGGCAGCGGUGGAUGUCAAGGAGGAGGUGGGCGAGGUCGAGGACGUCAAGGAGGAGGAGCCCGAGCCGGUCGUGCGCGAGCCGCUGUUCGACACGGCGCCGCUCCUCAAGGAGGACAAGUCGGGCGCUCCUGCGGCGGUCCUGUCGUUGCGGCUCGAGAACUGUGGCCUGCGCGGUCCGGCACUCGAGGUACUCGCUCCUGGUGUUCGCGUCUCGGAGGUCAAGCACAUCUCGCUGCGCAAGAACCGCAUCAACGCCGCCGGCGCCGUCGCCCUCGCUGUCCUCAUUCGCGACUACCCUCUCUCGUCCGACCCGUCGUCCACCUACAGCGUCCCGUCGGCCAUCCCGUUCGCCUCGUCGGGCUCGACUGAGCACAAGAACGGCACGGCCAACGCGUCCGACUCGGCGUCGACCUCGUCAUUCUCGCUCGAGGUCACCAACUCGGUCUCGGCCCGGCAGCGCGACCGCGCCCUGUCGGCCCCGCCUCAACCUGCCGUCGCACCCGCACCUGUCGAGCAAGCUCCAGAGCUAGUGUCGGCUCUCGGCGAGCGCGAGGCGUGGCGACUGAGCGAGGCGCGCCUGCGUCUGAGGAAGCAGCUCGACGGCCUGCCGCGCAUCGGCGCACUCUUGACGCUCGACGUCAAGGGCAACGACAUUCGGAGCGGCGUCACCUACAUCGCCCAGGUCCUCAAGCGCAACCGGACGCUCAAGGUGCUCAACCUGGGCGAGAACAAGAUCGACCCGCAGGGCCUCGUCGCCUUGGCUGAAGCCCUCAAGUUCAACACGACGCUCGAGACGCUCGACAUGGGCCACAACCCGUGCUGCGGCCCGCCCAUCGACGGCAUCCUCGCCCUGCGCUCCGCCAUGAUGGUCUCGCCGUCGCUCAAGCGCGUCUUCCUCAACUCGACCGACCUGUCGUCCGAGGGCGCCAUCGCGCUCGCCGAGUUCCUGCCCGAGGCGCACUCGCUCCUGCACCUCGACCUCACCAACAACAACGUCGACAUCUCGGGCGUGCUCGCCCUGAGCGUCUCGAUCAAGCUCAACUCGACGAUCCGCUGCCUCGACAUCAACAUCCCGUUCGACGACCCCGACUUUAGCCGCCUCUCGCAGGACCUCCUCGAGACGUGCGUGCGCAACACCGAGCUCGCGCAGCAGAAGGCCGACGCCGAGGCGCGCUACGCAGCCGCCAAGCGCGUCGUUGUCGCCCAGCCGAUCCGCAAGUCGGCCCUCGCGAGCAACCUCGAGGCGCGGCAACAAGCCGAGCAGCGGCGCGCCAAGCGGCGCGACGACGCCCUGCGCGCUCAAGGCGACAUCUUUGCGGCGGCGGCCGAGACGCGCGACGUCGUGUCGCAGCUGCUCGCCGUCGAGCAGGCCGCCGGCGCGCGGGAGCCGAGCGAGGUCGUGCGCGACGCGCUCGUCCAGCUGCAGCUUGCCGAGGCGCAGCUCGCCGAGGCCUUCUCAGGCGCGAGGCAGGCCGAGCAGCGCGAGCGCGCAGAGGUGCUCCUCACCGAGCUCGCGUCGCUCCUCGACCUCGCCAAAAACAUCUUCGACCGGCCGCCGCCCUCGCUCUCGACCUCGACCGACGCGCCACCCGCAGCAGCAGCAGGGCUGACGGCACCGGCGUCGGCCGACCUCGACCACCCGCCGGCCUCGCCGACGUUCUCGCUGCAAGACUCGGACGACGAGGACGCGGCCACGGCGGCGGGUCCUGCACUCGUCGCGGUCGACGACGAAGCGACCCCGUCGAGCUCGGCGCCGUCGCUCUCGGCCAAGCCUGCGACCCUGCAGCUCCCCGACGACAACACGUCGCCGUCGCCGUCGUCUGGCCCGUCGUCGCCGUCGCUCGCUCGGAGCCCGAUCGAGUCCGAGUCGCGCGCCAUGGUGGCCGAGGAGGGCGAGAUGUUCCGCAAGGGCGUCGCGCUCGGUGUCGACGAGGUCGGGGACGAGAGCGACGAUGAGGGCGGCAAGGAGGUCAGCGGCGAGGAGCUCAAGAAGGAGCUUCUCGAGACGACGGUGCAGCGCAGCCCUCGCCCGUCCUUCAACUCGGACGACACGCCCCGACCCUCCCUCGCCACGUCACUCGCCCGUCCUCCUUCCGACUCGGUCGAGUAGCUCGCAGUUCUGUCGCCCUGUGCCACCUAUCUCCUCGCCUUACUUAUCCCCUGCCGUCCCGUACCAUACCCCUGCUGUACCCCUCUCGUCGUCGCCAGUCGUCACCCCUUCCUCGUCCUGUCGCACCUCGUCCUUGAAGUCCUCGCUCUCCUUUCGCAAUGCCGAAUGCGCACGUCGCUCUC